AUGGGGUAUGAAGUAGAUGGAAACACUCUUGAUGCAUAUUCUCAACACCUGUUGAGUAAAUUGGUAGAUCAGAAAGAAGAAAAGUUUGGUACUGAUAAGGAGAAAGAUCUAGACCUACACAAGAAAUUCACUGAGUCCAGAAGAAAGAGGAAGGUCAAAAAAGAAGUUGAAGAGCUUGCAGAACAAAUGGGAAUAACAAAAGUUGUUCAAAGGGAUAGGGAACAUAAUAUACUGAAAGAGGAGGACAUGAAUCAUGUACCUCCACCCAAGCCACAAGCCAAUUCAACUGGUGCAACAAAGAAAAGGAAGAAGGAAAAGCCACAAAGGGAAUAUGUUGCACCCACUACUAAAGAUGUAGAGACAAAGUUUGAUGAAGCAGUGCGAGAGGUGAAGAAGAUAGCUACCUAUGCUAGGGUAGUGAAGAAGCCUCAAUCUAGUAGAGCCCAGCCGACCAAGAAGCCAAGGACUGAAGCUGAGCAAUAUGGUAGACCUAAAUCAAGUAGAAAGUCAAAGUCUAAGCUUGAUGAAGCUCUGAAAUCUGGUAAAGUAGAAGGUACUUAUGAUGUUAGAGCUAUAAAGGAAGUUGUUGUGCAGUAUAUGAAUGUUUAUAGCAAAGCCUUUAUACAGCUAUCAUCUAUGAUUCCGAAGGGAUUGUAUGAUAUUUUGGAUGCAAGGAGGCAUAUAGACCACUUAGAGGAUGAAAGAAUAAAAGAAUAUAUAUUAGUCAAUUUGUCUUAUAUAGUUUCUAAAGUUGAAGUUGAUAGAUUUCUUAAGCUUGCAAAGGAUAGAUUCAGAAGUAAAAAGAGAGUUAAUAAGAUUAUGCGCGAGAAAAUAGAUGAAGUUGUCAAAGAGACCGGACCAACUAAGAAAGCCAUUUUGGCAGGACACACAAAUGAACAAAGCAUAGUUGUAGAUGAUACUGAUACUACUAAGGUUGAUAACUCGGGUGAAGCUGAACAAAAUCCUUUGGUGAUAGGUGUUGACUCUAAGAAAGCAGUUGAGGAGAUUGGAAAAGUUGAUGAAGGAAAGGAAGAGGUUGAUGAUAAAAAUGAAGAAGAGACAAGUGUAGAGAAUGCACAGAAGGAGAAAGGAGAAGAGAAGGGUGAUCAGGCUCUGGUGAUAGUGGAAAGAGACACUGACAAGGGAAAAUAG